AUUUUAGUUUCUCAUUUUGUGAGAAUAGUUUUUGUUAAUUUUGUUUGUAUUCUAAUUCCAAUUAUUUAUUUAAUCCAAUUAUUGUUCUAAAUCAAUGAAUUCUUUUUUAAUAUUUAUAUCUUGUCCUUUUCUUAAACGAGAUUAUCUUCAGUCAAUUUGAUUGAAAUUUUGAUCUACACUUUUGAUAAAUCAAAACAACCAAAAAAAAAUGGAUCUUGGGUUUGGUGUUAACUAUGAUGCUGAUGAUGAUGAGCCAAUUGAUGAAUCACAGAUUGUUGAUCAAUUAACUGCACAGUUGAGUAGAAAUCUUCUUGGACCAUCUACAUCUUUACCUGUUAGUUCAACGGAAGAUCAGUUAUUAAGAUGUCGAUUGGAAAGGUAUGAAGAUGAAGAGAUGAGACAAUUAGAGGAAGAUCGUCUGCAAGAGAUUAUCCGUUUAUGUCAAUCUUACAAUGAAUCACAAGAAGGUAAAAGAGUAAGAAGUUUACGAGUUAAUGAGGUUGAUCAUCUAUUAGAAUUAAUGAAAAACCCAACAACAACAACAACAAAAACAAUCAACAGUAACAGUUUGGUUUCAUCAAGGAUGGAAACAAAUUCUAGAAAUAAUCAUAGUGUCGUUGGAUCUUCUUAUCCUACUACUGUCAGCGAGAUGACAAAUUUCACCACUAAUCAGUCUAAUAAACCAGUGAAUAUCAGUGAAAUUAAUGAAAGCGAUUAUUAUCAAGUGGAAAAUGACAGUGGAUAUAAUACCAAUGGUGUUCCAAUUGGAGUUGAAGACAAUGGUGACAGUGAAUUGAAUGGUAAUAAACUGACCGCUUUAUCUAUUGAGAAAAGCUUGAUACGAAAUGAGAUUGAUGACAUGAAGCUCCAACAAUUUAGCGAUGCCGAAGAUGAAGAGUUAAAAGAGUUCCAAAGGAUUGAAAAAGAGAUCAAAUUAAACGAAUUGUAUAAAUGCUUGGAAACCAUUGAGAAAGAAAUCGUCACAAUUAAACAAUACCAAUUACAAGAACAACAACAACAACAACAACAUUCACCAUCGUUAUUAGUUUCCAAAAGUGAUCAGGAAUUUUCGUUUGAAGAUAAACAUGAUCAGAGUGAAAAUACUCUCGGUGGUGGUGGAGAAGGUCAAAGUAGCAGUGGAAGUGGAAGUGGCAGUAAAGAAGCUCCUUUGGCCUCUUUUGAAUCAGACGAAUCAACCUCUUCAUCGGAUGAAGAUAUUUCUUUAGGUGAUAAGGUUAAAUCAACUGAUUUCUCUCGAUUGUCUCAUUAUCAUUCUCAGCAACAUUUAGAUAAAUAUCAUACUUAUUCAACCAUUUACAGUCCAACAAGUGAAACAAACAGUGAAUUUCUUGGCUCUUCCAGUUCUCAGGCCUACAACAAUUCAAGAGAUAUUAAUCAACGUGAAAAUAUUUACAAGCCUAAUAAACUUAGAGGAAAAUCAAAAAACAAUGGAGACGAAAUCGAUUCCAUGAAAGAGAGACAACAACGUCCAUUAACAAUUUAUCUUCCAUCAACACUUAACGAUUUAGAUCUGGUUGAUCGUAUUGUCAAUUUGGGUCAUGAUGUGGAAACGUUUAGCCAUCUAGUUCAACUUACACCGACUUCCUGUUCAGGUUACCUUUGGAAAUUAUGUUCGGGCACCGAAAAUCAAUGGAGGAAACGAUAUUUUCUAUUCAACCGACAAAACAAAGUUUUCGUCUAUUUCAAGUCAUUUAAAGGUUUCGUUAAAGGGAAAAAGGCCAAAUAUGGUGUUUACUUUAAUCAAAUCGAAGAUGCUUAUGUUGACCAUAAUCGAACCAAAUUAGAGAAAAAGAGUAAACCACUUGGCGGAUCACUUAGAAGACGAAGUAAUUCAACUCGACAUGUUUUCGUAAUUGUCACAUCGGAAAGAAACUUUACUCUUUCCUCUUCCAUUCCAGAGGUGAUGCGAAUCUGGAUCGAUGUUAUUUUCACCGGAGCUGAAGGUUAUCUUAGCUUUGAACAUUGACAAUAUUCGUCCUCCCCAAACAAUCAAAUGCCUUUACAAUUUAACUUGCAAUUAUAAUUCUAAAAAUCACCGUCAAGUGUAUAAGAG